CAGUGAGCCUGUGACCCGUGGCCUAUGACCCGUGGCCUGUGACCUGUGGCUUCAGCUGAAUUCAUGUUUAGUAUGCUUGAAAUUAAAGUCACACUUCUAGUUCUUCUGCUAUUUCCAGUCAUUGGAUCAGGUAAGAUUUUAAAAAUGAAAAAAGUAAUAAUUUAUUUCACUGCCUUGUCAAUGAUGUCUUGGGAUGUGCUGCUAAAUCAAUGUUUGGCAAUGAUAAAUCUUACUGAUCGUCACAAUGUUUUUGCAUAAAGAAAAGCACUGGUUAAAACAUACUGAAACAUUACAAAUAAACAUUUUAAAAAAUAAUAAUAACAUAUUUUAAUUUAUUUCAUCCGUCGUUUCUUGGCAGCAGUGUUAUAAUUAUAACACAAAAUAAUUUAUUAAAUCAGGGACAGCUCAUUGAUUAUUGAUCUUUGUGUUGAUCUUUCUAUUGAUCUUUGUGUUGUUCUUUGUGUUAUUCUUCGUGUUGUUCUUUGUGUUGUUCUUUGUGUUGUUCUUUGUGUUGUUCUUCGUGUUGUUCUUUGUGUUGUUCUUUGUGUUGUUCUUUGUGUUGUUCUUCGUGUUGUUCUUUGUGUUGUUCUUUGUGUUGUUCUUUGUGUUGUUCUUUGUGUUGUUCUUCGUGUUGUUCUUUGUGUUGAUCUUUGUGUUGUUCUUUAUGUUGUUCUUUGUGUUGUUCUUUGUGUUGUUUUUUGUGUUGUUCUUUGUGUUGUUCUUUGUGUUGUUCUUCGUGUUGUUCUUUGUGUUGUUCUUUGUGUUGUUCUUCGUGUUGUUCUUCGUGUUGUUCUUUGUGUUGUUCUUUGUGUUGUUCUUUGUGUAGAUCUUUGUGUUGUUCUUUGUUUUGUUCUUUGUGUUGAUCUUCGUGUUGUUCUUUGUGUUGUUCUUUGUGUUGUUCUUUGUGUUGUUCUUCGUGUUGUUCUUUGUGUUGUUCUUUGUGUUGUUCUUUGUGUUGUUCUUUGUGUUGUUCUUUGUUUUGUUCUUUGUGUUGAUCUUUGUGUUGUUCUUUGUUCUUUGUGUUGUUCUUUGUGUUGUUCUUCGUGUUGUUCUUUGUGUUGUUCUUUGUGUUGUUCUUUGUGUUGUUCUUUGUGUUGUUCUUUGUUUUGUUCUUUGUGUUGAUCUUUGUGUUGUUCUUUGUGUUGAUCUUUGUGUUGUUCUUUGUGUUGUUCUUCGUGUUGUUCUUCUUGUUGUUCUUUGUAUUGUUCUUUGUGUUGAUCUUUGUGUUGUUCUUUGUGUUGUUCUUUGUGUUGUUCUUUGUGUUGUUCUUUGUGUUGUUCUUUGUGUUGUUCUUUGUGUUGUUCUUUGUGUUGUUCUUUGUGUUGAUCUUUGUGUUGUUCUUCGUCCUUCGCACGCGUCGAUGAGCCGGGCUAUUUUCGAUUUGAUUAUUAGCCUUGUCUUUUGCUGUGUUUUAUUUCAAGUGAGGUAAGUUAGUUCGAUUCGUCAGCUUCACAUCUCUAGUCCUUGCUUAUUUUAUCCAAUGGCAAGAAUUGGUCAAGACGGCUAAAAAUAUACCAGGAUGCAUCAGAUGACCAGCAGUGUGUAAUUUAGUAAUGGAAAGGAAAUAUAAGGGUGGGGUGAAAUAUUAUUAUUACAAAAGGAGAAAAAUUAGCCAAGAAUGAAAAUGUUUUACAAAUCAAAUUGUCGCACAAUUGUAUAUUUCCACUAUAUUUCCCAUAUAUUUCCACUAUACUUCCCAUAUAUUUCCACUAUAUUUCCCAUAUAUUUCCACUAUAUUUCCCAUAUAUUUCCACUAAAUUUCCCAUAUAUUUCCACUAUAUUUCCCAUAUAUUUCCACUAUAUUUCCCAUAAAUUUCCACUAUAUUUCCCAUAUAUUUCCACUAUAUUUCCCAUAUAUUUCCACUAUAUUUCCCAUAUAUUUCCACUAUAUUUCCACUAUAUUUCCCAUAUAUUUCCCAUAUAUUUCCCAUAUAUUUCCACUAUAUUUCCACUAUAUUUCCCAUAUAUUUCCACUAUAUUUCCACUAUAUUUCCCAUAUAUUUCCCAUAUAUUUCCACUAUAUUUCCACUAUAUUUCCCAUAUAUUUCCACUAUAUUUCCACACGCAGUUUGCAGCGGUUGGGUUGAUCCAACAAGAACCUUUUUGGAACCAUUUGAUCAAAACACUUUCAAAAAAAGCUGCGGCAAUGCUAUGCUAGCCGGACAAGACUACUUCGUGGUCAAGGGUCUUGUCAACAUUAGCGGACUAGAAUACGGUCCGAAAGGAGCGAUUGCCAUUUGGAUUCAAAAAUACCGUUCUUACAUGUACUUGGUAAGUAGCUAAUUCUAGCAACAAAGCUAACUUGAGAGCAAUUAGGUCAUUCUGGCAACACCAUUUUACAAAAUCAUGACACAAUAGAUUCUUAAGCAACCUUUCCUUUUUUUUAAAUUAACUUUUUUUAAAAUCCCCCCCCCCCCCUUUUUCCCCCUCGCGACCAAAAAAAAAUAAAUAAAUAACAAAAAAAUAAAUAAAAAACAGAGUUUUCAAUUAUUAACCCCCCCCCCCUUUUUCGUAUUUCUAUGUUGAAAAUGUUGAAAGUGGUUUGGUGUAGAGUGGUCGAAUUUCUUCAGCAUAUGUUCUUCAAGUUCGAGGUCUAAGCAAAGCAAGGAGGCCCAUCGAUUAGUGUGGCUUUCUCAUUCUCAGAGAAAUUGUACCACUGCCGACGGUCCACACAAUCGCCGGUUUUAGCGGACCUCUUUCUAUCCCCCCGUUGGUCUCAGUCAGCUAGUUGACUACCAAUACAAAGGUCCGUAAGGGCUGACUGUUCGAGUACCCCAGGGAUGUGGUUUGGUUUAGUGUAGUGUGGAUAGGCUGAAAAACAGAAGGGAGACGAUUGGCGUAGGGUAGGGGUGGGGGGAAGUAUUUCAUGUAAGAUGUAGGCUCAAUGGUUCACAUGGUCUCCUUACGACACUCAAGGUAUGUGGCUACUUUGGAAUUAAGAAAAAAAAGGUAUUCCCAUGGGUGAAAACGGCUGGUAGACCAGGAAAAUGGUGAAUUUCAAUUUUGGGAGAGAAGCGGUGACUUUUUAAAGAUUUAAAAAAAAACAUUUUACUAAGACAAGAGCACUUGUACUUUUAUGUUAUACAUCCGUUCAGAUUUAAUUCAGUUAACACUGUUUUAAACACAAUUUGAAUUAAAGAAUCAUCCAAUGAAUACUAACGAUACAAGUGUCUUUAGAUUAUAAAAAUUAAUUAAAGCUCUACACUCUCUAUCUGUGUAUAGCUUGAAUAUACCGUCAUUUAUUUAUACAAUGAAGCCUGCAAGGAUCUUGCUCAAAUCCCUAUCGACACUUGCAAAUGCACGUUCAUGGAUAACAAAUUCGUCCGCGUCAAGUGCAACAUUACGGCAAAACUUGAGCAAAGCCGUGGUGACGUCAUCUUGCACUACGCAUUUAGGCGCUGGUAUAAUAGUCGUAGUCUUCCCCUGCCUGUCGUAUACGGUGAGUAGUUUGUGCCUUCCUGUCGAAUACGGUGAGUAGUUUGCCCCUGCCUGUCCUGCACGGAGAGUAGUUUGCCCCUGCCAGUCGAAUACGAUGAGUAGUUUGCCACUUCUUGUCGUAUACGGUGAGUAGAUUGCCCCUGCCUAUCCUACACGGAGUGAAGUUUGCCCCUGGCUGUCGCAUACGGUGAGUAGUUUGCCCCUGUCUGUCGUAUACGGUGAGUAGUUUGCCCCAGCCCAUCCUACACGGAGAGUAGUUUACCUCUGCCUGUCGUAUACUGUGAGUAGUUUGUUCAUAAGUUUCCACGGAAUAUGUAUACGUUACCGGCAUCAAAAUGAGUCUGUUUCAAGUGUGUUAUUAAGUAAUAACAAAGAAAAAACCCAGACAUCUUAGAGUUCAUCUCUCCUGUGACGCCUCGUCGAUGGACUGUUAUUUAAAAGAGCCCGUGCAAAUCUCCCAAAUAAAUGAUGUCUUGUCUCAUUGGAAACUUGUAUUUUUUUUCAGGUAACCCUUCGUGCACAGAACGUUCAGCUAAUCGAGGUAAUCAAGUACGGUGGUUCUCUUAUAGGUCACUAGUUCUGCAUUGUCAGUUUUUAAGGGGAUAUCGUCAGACGUAGAAUGUAGAUUAAAGAGCUUAAAUUAGGGCAGCUGGAAUAUGGUAAUCUGGAGAUGUUCUUUUUUCCUAAUUUUUUCUAUUGACUUUGCUUUAUUCUGUUUAGGGCAACAUUUUCGUACGGCUAAUUGACCCACUUCCCGUCAAACCUACUGAGCUGAAAUUAACAUAUAGACUUGUUGCCGAUGAAAACAUUUCUAUCAAAUUUUCAGCCGCCUACCCCACCCCAUCCCAACCCUCAAAAUUCUGUCUGUUCUUUUUGUUUUUCAAUUGGAAGAUGUAGAAAAUAUGAUGCCACUUAGUUCACAAAUUAAAAUUCCCGAUAACUGCGCUAUAUAUAUUUUAUUUUUUUUUUAAUUUCAAGUGUGUUUGGUGCGUAAUAUUUUCUUUUGUUUUUCUGUAAUAUUGGGUAACAUAAGUCUGUGGUUUUAAAGUGGUUUUAAAGUGGCUGGGACAUUAGAACAUUAAUAUACAAAUUGUAUUACAAUUAUUUUAAAAUUUAAAAAGGAUUUAUUCAAAAACUGUGUUUGUAGGAAUUGUCAUAUUUAUUUCACAAAAUACAUUUAUUGUGUUUUAGUAGUAGGACGUAAGAUUUAGAAAUUUCUAUUCAAACAUUUUGGUCAACGGAAGUUUGAAUAGAACUCAAUAGGAUAAUAAUCUAACCCGGCAUAAGAUCUGAUAUAAUAAAAGUAUAUCUUUCCCCCUUUACAGCAGCAAAGAUCCAUCCUGAAAGCUUCACUGCUCUCAUUGGUAUGUAAAAAAAAUGGGAAAGUUAUCUGAAUUUAUUAAUUAAAAAUUGUUCGCUGCUUGUCAAACUAUGAGAAAAGACAACGCUAUCUCAAACAGGAGAUCAAAGGAAACUGGCCUGGCGGGUGCACUUGUACAAAUCACCUGUCCAUGCGCCUGGCUAUUCCGGUCCGCACAACACGAUCAACGAAACUGGGUAAAACAUUAUUUAAAGUGACAUAAAAAACAUACUGAUAUUUAUAAAGACUUGCAUGGACGUAAACGGUGCGUUAUCUCUCUCUCUCUCUCUCUCUCUCUCUAUCUAUCUCUCUCUCUCUCUCUCUCUCUCUCUCUGAAGAUUGUUCUCUCAUAGUGAGCUUGCCUCGCUAGCUUGGGACAUCUAAAUUAAGUGGGUUUUUUUAAUGAGUCCUGGUAUAUGAUGUGCCUAUGGAUUUACGGACAAUUUUAAGAAUAUAUAUAAAGCAGUUUAUCUGGCCACCAGUUCAUUUUUUUUCUGUGAAAAAUGUCCUAAUAAUUGUAUAGGAAUCCACAUUGGUUAUAUAAGAAAUUUCACAUUCGUUGUUUAAGAAAUUUCCCAUUUGUUUUAUAGGCAGUCUGCUGUCUAGUAGUCUGCUUUCUGGCACUCUCUAAACAUGUCCUGUCUACCUGGCUUGUCCACUUUGUAACAACGUGUGGAUGUCGUUUGCGUGAGGGUUGUUUAGAGUAGGCUUUCUCCAUAUAUUUUUUGAUGUGACGUUUUGAGCCUUGGUUUGAAUCCCGCUCCGUGAAAAGAUACUUGAUUUACAUUUCAAAUGAAAUAGGAAUAUACCCACGAUACUAAAUUAUCUUGUUCGUAUACAAACAGCAAUCUCGAUAAGUACCCCACCAUUUUACAUGACCUAUAUUUUACACUAACAGUCAGCUCCGGUAACCCCCCACGAUAUUGCGUGAUCUAUGUUGUAACACUAGCAGUCACGCCAGUAGCCCCACACCCCAUGAUAUUGCGUUAUCUAUGUUGUUACACAAACAGUCACGCCAGUAGCCCCCAACCCCACUGUAAUGCGUGAUAUAUGUUGUUACAUUAACAGCCACCUCUUAUAGUCCCCCACGAUAUUGUGUGAGCUAUGUACAAUAACUCACUGUUGAUUAUGUUCUUCUAUUAAAACAGGUGCCUCCCUUUUCGGCAUGGCUGUCGUUUGCCUAGGAUCAUCAAUAUUUUCUUAAGUUUAAUUCAAUAUAAGGACUCUCAGUGAACAUGCCCCCACGAUGAAAUGGAUGAAGGACGGAGUGCUAGGAUGUAGUCCAUCGGGGUACACGAACAGGUGUUGAAAGGCAUUCAGAAAAUUAGGAUUAACUAAAAGAACAAUUGAAGACCAUAGUGAUAAAAGUACUUAAGUCACAUUUUUGUAACAAUCAAUCCAAACUGUGACCUUUUCUGACUAAGUAUAGCCAAGUUCACUGCAGAAAUUUGAACACUGUAAAAUUUACUUAAGUCCUUUUAAAAAAACAAGACAAAAAAUGAAAUUAUCAAAUUUUAUAGACGAAAAGAAUAUGAUUAUUUCCAAAGGAGCAUGUGUGUGUCUUAAGUACUUUUAGCACUAAGGUCUUCAAUUUGAAGCAUCAGAUUAAGGAGCAUCCAAUGAAACCCCACCACGGUUUUCCAACAGUGGAAUGCUCAAAAACAUUAAACUUAUUUCAAUUUAGCCUUGGUGCUAUUCCUU